UCACGGUUCAGUGUGUGCUCUUGCGCGCAAAGGCCGCCCGCCCUUGUGCGACCGCCCAUUUUGCAUUCAUACGUUAUAUUUUGCCCAAUUCAGCCGUGUGUGAAUUAUUUCGCAAGUAUACUUUAUUUAUUGUGUUGCGUUUCGAAUAAAGUAACUUUUCUUGUUUGUUAAAAUGGGAAUGAUAUCUCGGGUACGCGGGCGAAUAAGAAGUGAUUCUUUCUCGAAAAUUCAAAUGAAGUCUGAAGAUAAAAUUGCAAAUAUUGUGUGGCUUAUUUCUCUGGUACUGUUACUACCAUAUUGGGCACCUCGUGGUUUACUUGUGGCCCUUGGAGGAGCCUGGUUGAUGGCUGCAUAUACUUGUUUCGUAGUACCCAUCCUGAUCUCUGCUAACUAUCGGUACCCUGCUAGGUGGUAUCCAGCGGUCGUGAAAAUUGCACGAAAGAUUAUAAGGAGACUCCGUGGUCCGGUGGAACGCGUCCUGUUCAUAUUUAAAGCAGCCUAUUCACCUAUAGGUCGAGCUGAACGACUCUAUCUGCAACUCAACAAUCUUUCUACGAUGAUAAGCCAGUUGCUCAUCUUCACAGCCUGCGAUCGCCUCCUGGUUUCACGUGGACGAUUGACCUGCCUUUACUCGCUCAUGUUCUACAACGUGAUUACCUACUCCGUCAAUUACAUACGAGAAAUAUGCACUAAGGAAGACUGGACUCCAUACGUCAAUGUGACGCGUCAUUCCCAAGUUAAGCACCUCGCGAUGUCCGCCACAAAGAUUGUCCUCGAAUGGACCAAAGCUGUCACCUUCAUUGUUACAAUGACUUUCAUACUCCUGACUCUGGGUCUAGAGCAGGGUUUGGAGCAUUACAGACCCACUCUUUUAUAUUGCCUCAUAACGGGUAUUUAUUACCUACUAACAGAAAAGACAUUCCUCGAGUUAUGGCCAUUAGUUCUUAGUGCUCUCAAGUUGGAGAGACUGGAAGGUAUGGAGACCUUAUAUUGUGGGGUUUGGGCUAGGAGUGUUACUACUUUUAUUGCUGUACCAUUAGUACCAGCUUUAGCUUGGGGCGAGCGAUGGAGGCUGGCACUUCUAGUCGCCUACGUCUGCGUAUACAUUCAUGGACGAUAUAAGCUUGGAGAGGCGUUGACCAAGUUCAACGAAGCUCGUGAUUCGUUAGCCAGGUUUCGAAAGGCGACGCCAGAAGAAUUAUCCACUUUAGAAGAUGUGUGUGCGGUAUGCCUUGGGGCCAUGAAGUCGGCUCGAGUGACACCAUGCGCUCACUUCUUCCAUGCUGACUGCUUAAGGAGAUGCUUGGCUGCUAUUGACAGAUGCCCGAUAUGUGUAAGGCCGUAUGUAUUCUGUUGAUCAAAGUCGGUUGAUGGAUUUUUAAGACUGCUUGGCUUAGAGGUGAUUCUAAGCUUACUUAACAGUAUUAUAUGGGAUUGUAAGAGGUGGAUUUAACUGUAAAUAUAUUGUUUCAUUAUUAGAAAUGCUAUAUUUCUAAAAAAAUUUAGUACUAGCCUAAGUAUUUCUAAAAUACAUAAAUUCAUAUGCUUAAAUUCUUUAAUCGUCACACCAAUAUCAAACAUUACUGUGUAUUAAACUAACAUGUUUAUUAUAAAUAAAAACUCCAAUAGUAA